GGUGCCUCUCAGUGGCGAAGUUGUAAACCUGUCAGGUGUCAAUGUCGUAUUAGCGCCCUGGCGGAAGAGCGAAGGGUGAGUUGUGCUGGAUGGCAGGCAACCGAAGUGAUUAUGGUUUUAUUGUGCCUGUUUAAUCUGUCAUGGCACUCGUUAGGAAGUGUUGCAAAUAUCAGUUGAUUAUUGGACGUCAACCACACAGUAUAACAACAGCUGCAUUGGAGUGGAAUUACAGGAUCUCUCUGGUGGUACUUCUGAGUGCAGCAGUCAUGAGUCGUGGAGCAUCAGGAAGUCAGCGGUCUGGGGGUCCAUCAUUUCCUCCUUAUGUACACCAUGAAGCAGUUACCUCCCUUGCUGCCAGCCAAAAUAGAUUUACAUGUGAUCUGUAUACUAAAUUAGCAGAGAAGAAGUCAGGCAACCUCUUUUACUCUCCCUUCAGUGUCAUGACAGCUUUAGGAAUGACAUAUGCUGGAGCUGGAGGAAAUACUGAACAAGAAAUGCGUUCCACUAUGCACCUGAGUGAUGACAAAGAACUUAUUCAUGAUGCAUUUCUGGAUGUUGUGUCUGAUAUGAAGAUUGAUGCUGGAGAUUAUGAACUUCGCACAUCAAACAUGGCCUAUAUGUCAAACAAGCUAUCAUUACUGAGCCAGUAUGAUAAAAUCCUGAAAGAAAAGUACCAAAGCACUGCAAAAACUGUUGACUUUGGUGCAAGUGAGGAUGUCAGGCAGGAGAUCAAUGCAGCAGUUGAGAAAGAGACCAACUCCCGCAUUAAGGACCUCAUUCCUUCAGGUGUUCUAGAUUCCUUGACAAGGAUGGUGCUUGUGAAUGCUGUUUACUUCAAGGGGUUAUGGGCUAAGCAGUUUGAUGAAGCAGAUACUCAUGACCAAGAGUUCUGGACCUCAAACACUGAGAGUGUCAAGGUGCCCAUGAUGUACAAGAAAUCUAAGUUUCGCCUAUUCUUUGAUAGAGAUCUUGAAGCCACUGUCUUGGCCAUGGACUACCAGGGUUCCAGAUUGAGCAUGGUAUUUGUGUUACCUGAUAAGCGAGAUGGUUUAGCAGAAGUUGAAGGCAAAUUAGCCAAGACAGAUCUGAGUGAACUUCACAGGAAACUGCGUGAAGUUGAAGUUGAGGUGACUCUUCCUAGAUUCAAGUUAGAAGAAACUCUUGAUCUGGUUGACACUUUGAAAGAGAUGGGAAUGAAGGAUCUUUUCAACGAGGCAUCAGCUGACCUGUCUGGGAUCUCAGGCAACAAGGACCUGUUUGUCUCCAAUGUGAUUCAUAAAGCUUUCCUGGAAGUAAAUGAGAAAGGCAGUGAAGCUGCUGCAGCAACAGGUAUGGUGGCACAAGUCAGAAUGCUUAUACGUCCCAUUCCUCCAUUUAUUGCUGACCAUCCAUUUAUGUUCUUCAUCCAUGAUCAACGUUCUGGUUUGGUGCUCUUUGCUGGAAGACUUGUUGAACUGUAAUAUGACUGCAUUGUAUAUUGAUGUGGAGCAGUGUAACCAAAUUUUAUGGAAGCUUUAUUUAUUUAAGUUAAGAUUCCAUCAUUGUACUGUAUAUAGGGAUCUGGGAUAUCUUUUAUCUUUGCUUCUGUUUUAGCAUCUUUAGGGAAAAUAAGAUAUAUGAUUUAAGAGAAUUAAUUUUUUAGAUUUUUAUCUGGGAUAUUUUCAAAAUAAUGUUGAUAAUGCUAUUGAAAAUAAUAGGACAAUAUGACAAUAUGUAAGUUCUACUUUCAUCAUGCUGCUUUGGUGAUAAUUCAGUUUUCCUAAACUGAGUGGCACUAGAAUAGUAACCAAAAACAUUAUAAUAAUAAUUGCAGUGAGCUAAUAUAAUCAUACAUAUUUUAAAGCUUAUGGCAGUAAAAUGCCAAUUAAUAAUUUUUGACAGCAUGUUGUUUUGUACAGCAUUCAAGAAUGUCUUAGUUAGUGAAACAAUUGUAGUACCAGCACAUUCAACACUAUUUUUACACUCAAGCAGGCAGCUUAAUCCUCCUUCCCGGUGAAGUUCCUCAUCAUAAAGGUGAAUCAAAAGAGACCAUUGUUUGGUUACCUCUGGUAGGCUACAAAGUAAAUAUAACUCAAAGUGAUACAGUCAUUAGUGUGGAAUCUUUUUUGGCGGUCAUCAAGAGGUAGUUUUUUUGGCUAGGAAUUGUUCUGGGAUGCUUACCUACAUACUUAGCCAUCUUCAGUUGUCAGACUUGAUAUGUCAAGAGAUGUGAUUAGCUGGACCACUCUCUUUAAAAUGUGGUGUUUAGAGUAAUUGUUUAGUCAUUUUUGCCACUUACUCUAUGGCAGGUGGCAUGUAUCUUAUUCAGUAUUGAUAUCAUAAACAGCUUGAGGUAUGAUGAUAUGAACUCAGCUGUAUAUAAGGCCUCAAAAUGUUUUGUACAAUGUUAAUUUAGUAAUUUGAGGUAUGUGUGAUGAUUUGAAACCUGCAGUAUGUGAUGCCUCAGUUUUGGACAAGUUUUAGUGCAGCUGAUCUAGUUUCAGUAGUAAAUAAUGUGACUGAGCUUUAUUUAGUGAAUAUAUCAGAGCUAGUCGCUUCUGAAAAGUGGAAAAUCUGCAAUUGCAAAAUGUGAUCUUGCUAGUGGAUCUAUAUUUGCAAUGAAUAAUUAGGCAAAUUUAUGAUUGUAUUUGUGGAAACUGGAAAUUGCAUGCAGAAUUCCAUAUAUAUAUAUAUAUAUAUAUAUAUAUAUAUAUAUAUAUAUAUAUAUAUAUAUAUAUAUAUAUAUAUAUAUAUUUAAUAUGAAUUUAUUUAUAUAUACUAUGUGACAUUUUCCUUAAAAAGAAUAGCUAAGACAAGUUAUUAACACAAUGUCUUAUCAUAUUUUAGGAAUAAAAAAUGCAGAGCAGGAUAAUCCUCAGCCCAAUCUUCAUCUUAUUUUGCGUCUUUAACAAAAGAAUUGGGAGCAUGAUAGCAAUAUAUUAGCAAUUCCAGUGCAGAGUGUGCAGCUAGGCUGUGUUUCCCAAUGAUAUGAUAGUAUUAUGAUGACAGUUCAAAAUAACCACUUCACUAUGAAUCAUUGGUACUUAUAAUCAUAUAUCCCAUUUUCAUAACUUCACAGAUUGUCUAUUUUUCUUAAGAUUUAACUGAAAUAGGUGAUUGAUUAGGCCAGAGGUUCUCAAACCUUAUUUCAUAGUGGCGCUUUUAUGAUAUAUCUUGGAUCAUGACUGCACACCAACACUGCAGUCAGUGUAUCCCUACAAACGUUUAGGUUUAGAGAUUCAGAUCUUACUCACCCUGGAAUCUUGUCAGUUAACCCUCUUUUUGAAGUGGUUUUGUAGAUUUAAAUUGAUAGUAAACACCUAUCACCACUUUAUCAUUAUUUUGCUGGAAUGUAUUGUUAACAAGCGCUGGGCUUGCCUUAGGAAGUGCACUUUGCUUAAGGCUUAUCGGUAAGGAAUAUGUUAGGUCUGAUGAAAUUCUGUGCUUAUCUUCAUGCUUUUUCUUUAUUAAGAGUUGCUGAUUGCAUUGCACUCUAUGCCAUUCUAUCCUCCUGUUGAUUUGUAUUUCAUGAUCUGGGUUUGCACUAUUUAUUUUCCUUAAAUACUGUAUAUCUGUGAACACAUUCUGACUUCUUUGAUUUUAUUUAUGUAUUUAUUUAUUUAUUUAUUAUUAUUAUUAUUAUUUAUUUAUUUAUUUUUUUUUUUUUUUUCUUGGUGUAGAAUCAUUAACACUAACUUCCUUGAUAUUCAUCUUCAACCUUAUUUUUUCUCUCUGUAUAACUGUAAAAUCUCUUGAAGCACAUCUAUGUAUUUGCUUAACAGUUCAGUCAUGAUGUCAUCUCUAAAAUAAAGGUAACAUUAUAAUUUCAGUCUACAUCUUGUAUAAUCUCUUAAAUUUAUAUUUGGCGUAGUACACCAAAUUUUAUGUAAUUCACAGAAAAAAAACUAUCAUUGAUUGAAUCACAAGGCAGGGUCAUGAGUCAAGUAAUGGCAUUGGGGCCUUGGACAAAGUAGAAUAUAAGGAAGUCAGCAUUGAUAAACUCAUCUGGUUGGCUACCACAUGUGUUUGGAAAUAAUUUCUUGGCUAAAAUCUGUUAUGUAUAAGAUCCUUAUCGUAAUGCUUAAAACAUAUUGAUAAGAUAUUAGUGCAGAGUGAACAUGACUGUUGGCAAGAUAGAUGGGAUGAUACAUUGUGGUUGGUAAUUCCUUAAUGCAGUCAUAUACACACCACUUUCCUGAGCUUAAUUCAAGAAAUGACCAUGAGUAGCUUGGUCACAAUGCCAUGUAAUCAUUAGACUCAUACAUAUCCUGCCACAUGAUACAUUAUGAGUUGAUCACACAAAGUAAGGAGAAGCUUUUGAGUUAUGUAAACAGUUACCUUACCUCUUUGGAUCUUCUGGAAAGCAAAUAAAGGACUAAGUCUUUUC